AUGUCAAAAUUAAUAAUUCAAAUAUUAGAUUCAACAAUAGAAGUUGAGGAAAAUUUAUCUCCAAUGUCAAUCAAUCUAUUGGAUCCAAUAAUAGAAGUUGAGGCAAAUUCGACGUUUCAAACAAUAAUUGACAAUGAUGACAAAUCGGAAGAACUGAUUUUUACGUUUCUUUCGCGCGACUUUGAAAGUUCAGACGAUGAUAGUGAUUCUGAUAAUUCUGAUGAUUCAGAUGGUGAAUAUUCUAAAGAUGAAUCUUCAAACAAUUUUGAAAAUUAUUCAUAUUCUAUUUUUGACUUGCCUGUUCAGAUCAAAACUUAA